AUGAACAGGGGGAGGGUAAAAGAAGAGGGUUGCAUGACAAAUAGGAGCUUGUUGUACAUUCAUGUAAGUGUGUGUGAGAGAUAUUUGUGAAGUAGUAGUGGGUAGAUGGGUACGUCGAGAAGGACCGAUCAGGUAAAGGAGAAUGUGUGGUCUAAUGAAUGAACACUUAAUGCUGUCGGUCCUCUUCUGUUUUCUCCCUCCCUUGCUCACAGGAUCAUUUGGAUAAGGCCAUCGAGCUGAAACCACAGGAUCCUAUGUCUUACUACCUGCUGGGCCGCUGGUGCUAUGCUGUAUGUGACACACACACACACACCCACCCUAACCCAAGUCAACCAUACAGUGAAUAAUACACUCCCUGAAAAGUGGUCAGUUUAGAAAAUUAAACAGGUGUCAUUAGGGGUGUGAAUAUUUAUGUAAAUGUAAUAUUUCUGUAUUUAAUUUUUAAUACAUUUGCUAAAAUUUCUAAAAACAUGUUUUCACUUUCUCAUUAUGGGGGAUUGUGUGUAUAUGGGUGUGAUUUUUUUUUUUUUUAUCCAUUUUGAAUUCAGGCUGUAACACAACAAUGUGGAAUAAGUCAAGGGGUAUGAAUACUUUCUGAAGGCACUGUACAUCAUUUACACACACACACAAACACGCACAGAGAGAAGUCAGCUCAGAGGCCCAGCUCAUGAGCUCCAUCAGCAGCAGAUUUUAAUUUAGAGUUGAAUGUGUUUAUGCGACAAAUGUUAGUGCAUUGAAUUGUAUUCUCUAAUCAAACCGAAUCGCACUCAAUAAUUUCAAAGUCAAACGUAUCGUUCCUGUAUCGUAUCGGAGCCCAUGUAUCUAGGUACGUAUCGAAUCGUCUUGAAAGGGAAAGAUGCACAUCCCUAAUUCUCACUGUUUGUCGUGAUGGGUUGGUGUGUGUUAAGAUUAGAAACUGCUUGGUAGAUUAUAUUGUCUCCAAAUCAUGAGUGACAGGGCCUUGGCAACAGUAUUUUGGAAGUGUCUUUGUAUAGUGAAAAAUAAAAAAAAAUCUGAUCCUUUACUCUGCUGACAUAUCCCCUGACUUACAGUGCAUUCGGAAAGUAUUCAGACCCUUUGACCUUUUCCACAUUUUGUUACAUUACAGGUAAUUUUAAAAUUGAUUAAAUAGUUUUUUCCCUCAAUCUAAAGACAAUACCCCACAAUGACAAAGCUAAAAUGUAUUCAGACACUUUACUCAGUACUUUGUUAAAGCACCUUUGGCAGCAAUUACAGCCUUGAGUCUUCUUGGGUAUGACGCUACAAGCUUGGAACACCUGUAUUUGGGGAGUUUCUCCCAUUCUCCUCUGCAGAUCCUCUCAAGUUCUGGCAGGUUGGAUGGGGAUCGUCGCUCCACAGCUAUUUUCAGGUCUCUCCAGAGAUGUUCGAUUGGGUUAAAGUCCAGGCUCUGGCUGGGCCACUCAAGGACAUUCAGAGACUUGUCCUGAAGCCACUCCUGCGUUGUCUUGGCUGUGUGCUUAGGUUCGUUGUCCUAUUGGAAGGUGAACCUUUGCCCCAAUAUGAGGUUUUCAUUAAGGAUCUCGCUGUACUUUGCUCCGUUCAUCUUUCCCUCGAUCCUGACUAGUCUCCCCGUCCCUGCCGCUGAAAAACAUCCCAGAGAAUGAUGCUGCCACCACCAUGCUUCACCGUAGGAUGGUGCCAGGUUUCCUCCAGACGUGACGCAUGGCAUUCAGGCCAAAGAGUUCAAUCUUGGAUUCAUCAGACCAGAGAAUAUUUUGUCUCAUGGUAUGAGAGUCCUUUAGGUGCCUUUUGGCAAACUCCAAGCGGGCUGUCAUGUGCCUUUUACUGAGUAGUGGCUUCCGUCUGGCCACUCUACUAUAAAAACCUGAUUAGUGGAGUGCUGCAGAGAUGGUUGUCCUUCUGGAAGGUUCUCCCAUCUCCACAGAGGAACUCUGGACCUCUGUCAGAGUGACCAUAGGGUUCUUGGUCACUUCCCUGACCAAGGCCCUUCUCCCCAGAUCAGCUCAGUUUGGCCGGGCGGCCAGCUCUAGGAAGAGUCUUGGUGGUUCCAAACUUCUUCCAUUUAAGAAUGAUGGAGGCCACUGUGUUCUUGGGGACCUUCAAUGCUGCAGACAUUUUUUGGUACCCUUCCCCAGAUCUGUGCCUCGACACAAUCCUGUCUCACACCUCUACAGACAAUUCCUUUGACCUCAUGGCUUGGUUUUUGCUCUGACAUGUACUGUCAACUGUGGGACCUUAUAUAGACAGGUGUGUCCCUUUCCAAAUCAUGUCCAAUCAUUUGAAUUAACCACAGGUGGACUCCAAUAAAGUUGUAGAAACAUUUUAAUGAUGAUCAAUGGAAACAGGUUGCACCUGAGCUCAAUUACGAGUCUCAUAGCAAAGGGACUGAAUACCUACUUAAAUAAGGUAUUUCUGUUUUUUAUUUUUAAUACAUUUGCAAACAAUUCUAAGAACCUGUUUUGGCUUUUUCAUUAUCGGGUGUUGUGUGUAGAUUGAUGAGGAUAAUUUAAUCAAUUUUAAAAUAAAGCUAUAACUUAACAAAAUGUGGAGAAAUGUCAAGAGGUCUGAAUACUUUCUGAAUGCACUGUAAAUGCUACUUUCACAGACUUAAAUGCUACUUUACCCACCAUGUUUAAAUGCUUUUCUGGUUUGCCAUGUUCUGAAACAGUUUAUACAUUGGUUCUGUUCAGGUGGCUCAGUUGUCGUGGAUUGAGAGGAAAGUUGCUGCUACAUUGUUUGGAGAGCCUCCAAGUGCCACGGUCCAAGAUGCUCUGAAGAACUUCCUCAAGGUAUUGUUAUUCUCCACGCUACCAUGGAUUGCAGUUCAGCGCAAAAGUGUUUGACACAGUAUGUAUUCAUUGCUCUUCCCUCAACCGUUAUCAGAAAUCAGUCCGUAGAUCAGCAUGUUUCUCCGCGAUCGCUACUAAUGUUUGGAUCAGCUGAGCGCAGCAGAAGCUGACGGGAGGCUAAUGCACUGACUCGCAGUAGAAUAGGCAGCGCUAGCUGCUUCUUCAAAACGCGUCCAGAAUAUCUCUAAAACUAAUAGCAUUGUAUUUGGGUCAAAUCAUUCCGUAAGUUCUAGACCUCAGCUGAAUCCGGUAAUGAAUGGUGUGGCUGUUCAACAAGUUGAGGAGACUAAAUUACUUGGUGUUACCUUAGAUUGUAAACUGUCAUGGUCAAAACAUAUAGAUUCAAUGGUUGUAAAGCUGGGGAGAGGUCUGUCUGUAAUAAAGAGAUGCUCUGCUUUUUUGACACCAUACUCCGCAAAGCAUGCAGGCUGUAGUUUGAUCUUAUCCUGAUUAUUGUCCAGUCAUAUGGUCAAGUGCUGCAAAGAAAGACCUAGUUAAGCUGCAGCUGGCUCAGAAUAGAGUGGCACGUCUUGCUUUUCAUUGUAAUCAGGUGCUAAUAUUAAUACUAUGCAUGUCAGUCUCUCUUGACUAAGAGUUGAGUAAAGACUUCUUCUUAUUUUUAUAAGAAACAUUGUGUUGGAAAUUCCAAAUUAUUUGCAUAGUCAACUUACACACAGCACUGACACACACACUUACCCCAUCAGACAUGCCACCAGGGGUCUUUUCACAGUCCCCAGGUCCAGAACAAAUUCAAGGAAACGUACAGUAUUAUACAGAGCCAUGAGUGCAUGGAACUCCCUUCCAUCUUAUAUACUGUAGCGCAAGUGAACAGCAAUCCUGGUUUCAAAAAACAAAUAAACAACACCUCACGGCACAACGCCUCUCCCACAUGUGACCUACUUGUUGUGUGUUUACUGACAUGUAUGUGUAACUGAUAGAUACGCACACACACUACAUGUUAAUGUUUUUAAAUGUACAGUACCAGUCAAAAGUUUGGACACACCUACUCAUUCAGGGGUUUUUCUUUAUUUUUACUAUUUUUUACAUUGUAGAAUAAUAGUGAAGACAUCAAAACUAUGAUAUAACACAUAUGGAAUCAUGUAGUAACCAAAAGUGUUAAACAAAUCAAAAUAUAUUUUAUAUUUGAGAUUCUUCAAAUAGCCACCCUUUGCCUUGAUGACAGCUUUGCACACACUUGGCAUUCUCUCAACCAGCUUCAUGAGGAAUGCUUUUCCAACAGUCUUGAAGGAGUUCCCACAUAUGUUGAGCACUUGUUGGCUGCUUUUCCUUCACUGCGGUCCAACUCAUCCCUAACCAUCUUAAUUGGGUUGAGGUCGGGUGAUUGUGGAGGCCAGGUCAUCUGAUGCAGCACUUCAUCACUCUCCUUAGACAAAUAGCCCUUACACAGCCUGGAAGUGUGUUUUGGGUCAUUGUCCUGUUGAAAAACAAGUGCAAACCAGAUUGGAUCGUGUAUCUCUGCAGAAUGCUGUGGUAGCCAUGCUGGUUAAGUGUGCCUUGAAUUCUAAAUAAAUCACAGAGUGUCACCAGCAAAGCACCAUCACACCUCCUCCUCCAUGCUUCACGGUUGGAAUCACACAUGCGGAGAUCAUCCGUUCACCUACUCUGUGUCUCAGAAAGACACGGCGGUUCUCACAUUUUGACUCAUUAGACCAAAGGAUAGAUUUCCACCGGUCUAAUGUCCAUUGCUUGUGUUUCUUGGCCCAAGCAAGUCUCUUCCUCUUAUUGGUGUCCUUUAGUAGGGGUUUCUUUGCAGCAAUUCGACCAUAAAGGCCUGAUUCACACAAUCUCCUCUGAACAGUUGAUGUUGAUGUGUCUGUUACUUGAACUCUGUGAAGCAUUUAUUUGGGCUGCAAUCUGAGGUGCAGUUAACUCUAAUGAACUUAUCCUCUGCAGCAGAGGUAACUCUGGGUCUUCCAUUCCUGUGGGGGUGAUCAUGAGAGCCAGUUUCAUCAUAGCGCUUGAAGGUUUUUGCGACUGCACUUGAAGAAACUUUCAAAGUUAUUGGAAUUUUCCAGAUUGACUGACCUUCAUGUCUUAAUGGAUACGCACAUGACUGUAAGUCGCUUUGGAUAAAAGCGUCUGCUAAAUGGCAUAUUAUUUAUUAUUAUUAUUAAAGUAAUGAUGGACUGUCAUUUCUCUUUGCUUAUUUGAGCUGUUCUUGCCAUAAUAUGGACUUGAUCUUUUACUAAAUAGGGCUAUCUUCUAUAUACCAACCCUACCUUGUCACAACACAACUGAUUGGCUCAAAUGCAUUAAGAAGGAAAUAAAUUCCAGAAAUGUACUUUUAAUAAGGCACAUCUGUUAAUUGAAAUGCAUUCCAGGUGACUACCUCAUGAAGCUGGUUGAGAGAAUGCCAAGCGUGUGCAAAGCUGUCAUCAAGGCAAAGGGUGGCUACUUUGAAGAAUCUCAAAUAUUUUGAUUUGUUUAACACUUUUUUUGGUUACUACAUGAUUCCAUAUGUGUUAUUUCAUAGUUUUGAUGUUAUCAUUAGUGCUCCCGAGUGGCGCAGCGGUCUAAGGCACUGCAUCUCAGUGCUUGAGGUGUCACUACAGACCCCCUGGUUCGAUUCCAGGCUGUAUCACAAACGGACGUAAUUGGGAGUCCCAUAGGGCUCACAAUUGGCCCAGCGUCGUCCGGGUUUGGCCAGUGUAGGCCGUCAUUGUAAAUAAGAAUUUGGUCUUAACUGACUUGCCUAGUUCAAUAAAGGUCAAAUAAAAAAUUAAAAUCACUAUUAUUCUACAAUGUAGAAAAUGGCAAAAAUAAAGAAAAACCCUUGAAUGAGUAGGUGUGUCCAAACUUUUGGUUGGUACUGUAUGUACAUUGUAAAGUGUUUUGUCUGUAAAGUAUUUUUCGUUAUGUGUCGGACCCCAGUAAGACUAGCUGUCUCCAUUGGUGUUGGCUAAUGGGGACCCUAAUCAAAUCACUCAUUGUGAUAAAAUAAUGUUGCUAGAGUAGCUUGCUAGGUAGCUAGCUUAUGGAGGAAGCAUUUGGUGUUCAGCAUUGAGUGUGUGCAGUAGGUUAGCUUCCUAUUCAUUUCAUAUGAAGUGACUGGCUUAGCGCUAGCAGACUAUUGAUGUGGGCAAAUUUAAGCUAGUUUUCGUGCACAUUGUCAAACUCCGGAAAUACUGCUCCUUCAAGCACCAAACUUCUUAGCUAGAUGUAAAAUUGAGCGACUAAGAAAAAUAGUCUAAAGCAAUUACUGAUUUAUUGUUUUAUCUUAUAUUAAUUCUGACUUUUUGAGGGUGAAAUUGGGUUCAUUAGGCAAAGUCACCUAGGUAAUACAGUAUUUUCCAAUGUUAUGACAGCCCGUUGUAGCCAGACUACUUUUGAUCUAUCCCAUUACCCUUUGCGAGAUACAAGACAGAUCAGUGCAGGCGUAAUCGUUGUGCUAUAUGACGUAAGACAAUGAGUGUUAGUUGGCGUAAAGCGUGUCAGGCCUUGCAAAUGUACUUCACCAGUACAUUUCUCAUUUAAAAGUUACUUUUAUAGUUCUAUAAUGUGUACUUUAACCUGUUAUAAUCAUACAAUCUUUCUUGCUUUAACUCAUCUUGCAAAGCCAUAGGCUCUACUGUCUUUCAUGCGCUCUCUCCAAACCAUUAAAACAUGUAGCGCACAGCAGCCUAUUUGUUUUGUGUUGAGUCAGAAUUUGCCCAGAGGUCGCUUCUGAACCCAGAUUCAAAGACCAAACCCCAAGUAUUUAAAGAGGCAUAAUCUGUGUUCACACUUUUCACGUUUAUAUAAAGAUAAAUGAAAUUGCUCCUGGCCAAGAUUGCUUCUGGCCUGCUGCAUGCAUCUUCCUCAUGUCUUGUGUAUCUCACCCAUCAAUUUGAUUUAAGUGGUUGACUCUGUUGUAACUUGUUGCUCCUGGCCGCAAGGACUGGUAGAGGGUGUCUAGCUUCAACAAACACAUCCUGCUGAGUUAUGCAACAUGUGCCACAACAGCCAAGUACACAAACAGUGGCUACCCACUACCUAGUGCCCAGGUGUUGUCAUAGUACUCUUGUCACUGUAUGAUUAAUGCUAAGGCUAUAUAGGGUCAGAAUAAAAGGUUGAGUCAAGUGAAAUAUACAGUACAUAGACAGAUAUUAAUUUGUGUCUAUAUAUCCAUUGCUAGAGGUACAAUAAUGCUAUGGUUAGUCCUGUCUAUGAUUGUGUGUGCUGAGCAAGUUCAGUUGCACUCAUUUGCCCAAAUCGUGUACCAACGUCAUACCUGUCCUGGACUGAUUUUAUGCAAUUAGAACAUAAACUGUGAGUCUGUGUUUUUGUCAGUGGUAGUGUUUUUGGUGCAUGUUCAAUGGAAUAAUACAUCCAUGUUUUCUAGCUUUAUGGUAACACUUAACUCCAACAUCGUCGCGUCCGAGGGCGGAAUUUGUGCUUCCAAGUCUAAGACUGGGCUACCUUUUCACGAGAGUUUGAUUCCAAAUCAUACUGGAAUCAGGGAUGGAUCCCCUUAGUGCUGACACAUUACAGAGAUUCUGGACAAGGAGAAUACAUUUUGUCCCAUCCUCGGGAAGCUGAACUCUAGAAAGAGUUGAUUAUCAGCAAGUGCAGUGUUCUCGUGUUUUUCUUAUAUUUUCAUUAUUUCACAGGUGGAGGAGAUCAGUCCCAAGUACUCCAAAUUAAACUUUGUGUUUUUAGCCAAGGUAAGUUGGGCUGCCAAUGUUCUUGUUAUGUGUGCAUCUUAUAUUCAUCUAUAUACAGUAAUCCAAUGGCUUUUUAUGUGCACCAGUGAUGAUGUUGAUUAUGAUGAGGAAUUUGAUUUUGAUUGGUCAGUGCUACAGAGACCUGGGGCAAAAAGGUCAGGCCAGGAAGAUGUGUGAUGCUGCUACUUCCAUUCAAACCAUUUCCAAAGAGGUGGGUACUGACUGUAGUGUCACUGGCUUAUUCUUGUGCUCUAGUCUUAGUUUUCUCACAUUUGUCAUUGUUGUGGUUAAAAAAUAGAUUAAUUUAUUUAUCUCUGUCUCUCUCUCUCUCUCUGUCUCUCUCUCUCUCUCUCUCUCUCUCUCUCUCUCUCUCUCCCCCCUUUCCCCAUCUCACCCCAAGGAUGAGGAGGCACAAAAGGAGCUGGACUCCCUUCUCUCUGCACUAGGUGUUAAUUGA